AUGUUACAUGAUACAGAUUAUAGCCCAUCAUCUCCUUUAGAAACAUCAGAAGAAAUAUAUGAUAUUGAUAUUCAGCCAGCUGUUCAUCCACUGACGCAAACAGAUCAAAAAUACGAAUUUACGGUUAUAACGGGAGCAAGUGAAAAUCAUUUUUGUCCAAUGAAAAGUUUUCUUUAUAAUAUGAAAGAAACGUUAAAUGGGCUAAAUGCAAGAAUAAUAGUAUAUGAUUUAGGGUUUUCUAAUUCCCAACGUAAAACUCUUAAACAAUUACAAAAGCUCGGUUAUUUAACAGAAUUAAGAACUUUUCAAUGGUCACAUUAUCCUUCAUUUUGGAAUAUAACUUUAUCAAGAGGUGAAUACGCAUGGAAACCGGCUAUGAUGGCUGAAGUAGCACGUGAUUAUCCUGGAAAAUUAGUUUGGCUGGAUAGUGGAACUUUGGUUGAAAGAAAAUAUUUUACAAAACUAACUUCAUUAUUGAAAAGAUAUGGAGGAUUCAUUUCACCACGUUCUUCAGCUACAAUGAAGGUUUGGACUCAUCCUGGGGUUUAUGAAUAUUAUGGUGAUGAUCAUGAAAAAUAUGAUAAUGUCGUGAAUUGUAAUGGCGCAAGUAUCAGUUUUGACACCAGAAAAACCAAACAUUUAAUUGAUGAAUGGUAUAAAUGCGCUCUUGUGAAAGAUUGUAUUGCGCCUCCUGGAAGUAGUAGGAUUAAUCAUAGGCAAGAUCAAGCCAUACUUACUUAUUUAGCGGCUAAAGAAAAUUUAUUUUGUAAUUAUAAAACAGAAAAAUUUUGGAUUCAUACUCAUGAAGAUGGAAAUUGCAAAGAAUAUAUUUCAAAAUUCGAAUCCAACCAUCAACAUCGAAGUCUUUAG